AUGCCCCUCGUCGCGAGCCACAUUACCCCCAACAUGACAGUGACACUGCCUGUGCACUCCUCCAGGUUCCGUUUCCAUCAUUCCCCCGCGAAGACCUCAAUUAAAGGCAUCGCAUCAACUCCACGCCCGUUGUUUGGCGUGGCCACAACGUCCACUGCCAUCCCGGGAUACGAUUCCAAAGCCGUUACUGGGUGCAAGCGGAAGGCGGUGUUGGACGACCACUGGGAAUAUGAGCAGGCCGCUCAGAAGAGGCAAAAGGUCGAACAAGAAGUCAAAGACCUGACAGCCGCAGACCUGACACCUUACUUUGAGGUAUCCUCGAGAAUCAUUGCGAGGUCAAGCGACGCGUCAGCGUCAACACAAGACGCUACCCAGGUGGGCAAGUGCGUGUGGCCACCGAUGAACGCUGAGCAUCCAAUGGCCGCGACACAAGAUUAUGUGCCGCUAGAGAUAUACGGUAAGCGGCACAUGCGUGAAGGCCUAGCACGAGACUUCCCGGGAGCAUACGCCAUGGAAUCGACGCACCUUCCACCUACCGAGCUCCCCAUAGAAGAAUAUCCAAGCUCAAUACCUUUGGAGCUGGACGAUCUUAUGGAUGAGUGUGAGGACGACCAAUUUCCGGAGGUAGAAGCAUUUUUUCAGGAUGCUUGUGAGGAUGUGCAAUCCUCGGAGGUCGAGGAGUUUCUUCGGGAUGCCUGUGAGGACGUGCAAUCCUCGGAGGUGGAAGAUUUUUUUUGGGAUGCCUGCGCGGACGUGCAAUAUGCGGAGGAAGAUUUCCUUUCGGAUGCCUGUGAAGACAUACAGCCAUCUCCGCUGGCUUCCCCCGAAGUGGAACAGGUGACAAGUGAAAGUCCCACACAACAAAAACACUGGAAACGAGAUAAUUGCUCGCUGUGGAAGAAGGCAUGCAGGACUCGAGUCAAAACCAUGAUCAAAAUAUUUGGCCAGGCCUCCGUAUGCGAGGCUGCAGUUAGUGAGGCCUCGGCGGCAUCCUGCAUGCAGCAUAUCUGCAGCCACCGGUGGGAAGAGAUGGACAGUGUUUGCUCGGAUGACUCCGGGUACGAGAGUGACGUGGAGGACAACAAGGGGUCUGUCGCCAACAAUGGAUCUGUAGCCCCAAGGUACCUUCCAUGCACAGAGUUCGACAGUCUACGGGACAGGGCUGCUGCAUGUGGCCGCCUCCCUCCCUUAUUGGCAAUCCCUUGUCGGCUGUUCGAGUACGCGGAUGUCAUCCUGCAUGGUACACCGACGCGGACGCCAGAAUGGGCUAGAGGCAACUUAGUAGAGGAAAAGAAGAAGAGGGAUGAAAGGAAGAAAGAGAUAUUGGCCAAUGCCCUCGCCUCAUUCACGCCAUGA